AUGACUCUAUUGUGGUGUCUAUGCACUCCUUUCUUUGCUGUUUACUUUGUUUCGGAAGAUGCUUCCAUUCCAAUCCAGUUGCAGCCUCACAUGUUUGGUAUAUUAUGCUGGAUUGUCUACAUUCAAGUCAUGCUUUAUCCUCCGGUGUCGAGGCCAAAGAAGCAGAUCAUCAUAAGGGCUGGGGGUUUCAUUCUUUUUUGGGCAGCGGUGGAAAUAGCUUCUGUCAUCCCCUUAAGGAAGCUCUACAUGGAUCGCGGUGUCACGUGGCCCAUUCUUAUUUACGGAAUAAUCGCAUCGAUACUUUUGGCAUUGGGUUUAAUACCCCCUUACUUUGAACUCUACAAAAGACAGGGACGUGUUAUAGGUAUAAACUUUAUCUUCUUAGCUACCGAUCUCUCGGGAGCUAUCUUUUCUCUCGCUUCAUUAGCUGUAGAUCCUGCUAACUUCGAUAUCAUGGGAGCCAUUAUCUACUCUAUAUGUGCUUUCCUCGAGAUAGGUAUAUUUGCAAGCCAUCUCGUAUGGUGUUGCCGCUUCAAAUGGUUUGCUAAUGGAUCAUCCGAAGAAGAUGUCGAGUCCAAAUUAGACACAGUGGAUGCGACCAAGAGCUCUACCAUCCCGGUGGAAGACACUGAAAUUGACUGUCUGAGUGAGGAAGCAAAGGAUUUUUAG